ACUGCUCGAAGCGACAGCGACUCGGUCCACCAGAGCUGAUUCUAAGCAGAGAUAGCAGCAAGCAGGCACCUCCUCGCCGCGCAGGCUAACUCGCUUUCGGCUUUGGUUCGAGAUGGAGACUCGUUGCACCAUGAGGGGCUUCAACACCCGAAACUUUAAGAGUGGACUGACUCUGUGGCUGGUUCUUUGGCUGGUGGUGGUGAAGCCAGGUGGGGUAUCUGCAUGCCCCAAGCUGUGUGUGUGCUACCCUACGCCUAUGACGGUCAGCUGCCAGUCCCAGAACAUCACCAUAGUUCCAGCUGGUGUGCCAUAUGACUCACAACGUGUUUUCCUGCAGAACAACCGCAUCACAGAGCUUCGCGCAGACUCUUUUGGCUUCGAAACACAGGUACUUUGGUUAUACGGCAACAACAUCACAUGGAUUGAGGCUGGAGCCUUCAGCAACCUCAGGGUGCUGGAGGAGCUGGAUCUGGGUGAUAACCCACUGCAGCGCCUGGAAGGUGGAGCAUUCAGGGGAUUGGAGAAGCUGCAGAGCCUGCACAUGCAUCGCUGCAAGCUGGCAGCUCUCCCCCAUGACCUCUUCCACAAACUGUACAGCCUGCAGUUCCUAUACCUGCAGGACAAUCAGCUUCACUUUCUGCAGGAUGAUAUUUUCUCUGAUCUGGUCAACCUCACCCAUCUCUUUCUUCAUGGAAAUCGCAUCCGUGCCCUCUCUGAGAAUGCAUUCAGAGGCCUGGUCAACCUGGACCGCCUCCUCCUCCAUGACAACCGAAUCAGGCAGGUCAACCGUCGUGCUUUCCGUGACCUGGGCCGCCUGACUAUUCUUUACCUGUUCAACAACUCCCUGGCCGAGUUACCCGGCCAAGCCAUGAAGGACACUCAAGGCAUCCAGUUCCUCCGCCUCAACGGAAACCCCUGGUCAUGUGGCUGUGAGGCCCGCCCCCUCUGGGAGUGGUUCCGUGAAGCCCGCAUCUCCUCCUCUGAAGUAAUGUGCAGCUCUCCAUCCAAACGCCGCGGUCAGGACCUCAGAUUCCUGCGGGAGCUCGACUUUGCUCUUUGUCCUCUGCCUGACCCCGGCUCUAUGGCUGGAUCCACAACGACCACCUUCAGCACCAAAACCCGCUGGUGGUUCUCAAAGCACAAGCCUGCAUCCUCAUCCAAGGCCUCCUACCAAAAAAGCAAAGAGACAGUUCAAACCUUUCCCUUCUCCGCUAUCAAGCCUCAGUACCUCCCCAAAACCCCUGUUGAAACUUUCCCCUCCAAGUACGAACUGUCGGCCGAUGAGGCAGCGCUCCCAAAGCUGGACCAGGAAGAAUACUGGGCCAACUAUGGCAACGAAGACUCCUCCAUACGCUGUUAUGAUGUGGAGUGCCCCCCAGGCUAUGAAAACCUACCCUUCCCCUCAUCUACCUCCUCACACAUCACCCCAUCCCUCCUCCACCUGUUCUCCCUCUCCAUAGUCAUGUUCGGCCUCCAUUUCUUGUUUGGCUGAAAUAUUCUGUCCUCUAAACCUUUCUGUCUUCUCUGAUUCCGCCCCCCUGCUCUUUCCAUCUCUCACGAAAACCUGGAUCUUGAUUCCUUUCAGUCACCUCCUUGACUUUAAGGAGGUGUUACACUGACGCAGGAGACAGGCGAGAGGCAGCAGGAAGCUGUCUUACAAUAGCAGAGUUCAGUCAAGUAGAUGUUAAGCAGGACAGGAUUUCAAAGAUGAAGUAGCUGCUGCUUAUUGGUACAGGCUUUAUCAAGCAGGAUCACAUCAUGUAGACUGAAUUUAAAAGCGAUCAGCAGAAAUGUGUAAAAACAUAGUCAAGUGACAGAAGAAGGGACACUAAAUCAGCUGGUGGUGUCUCUAAAGGUUUUUGAUACCAUAUCUGUAAACAGCGCAGGCGUUGUGACCUGUCAUCUACACAGAUUCUUUCAUCAUGAGUAAAAGUGAUGAUCGAUGAUGGGUUGUUUGGCUCUAGCAGAAGUAGGAGAAAGAUCAACACAGAAGGCAAGAGGCUUCACCAGAGAGAAAAGAAAUGUGAAGAACGAGAAGGAAGGGAAAAGAAAAUCACUGCAACGUGAGCAGAGUGAGCGUUAGAUCUGCAGCCAAGACGAACUCUACUCUGCUUCAGAAGCCAACAAACCACAACCCACACUUGUAGAUACUGUCAUCAUCUGUACAUACACUCAUUACAAACAGUUCUUAUUUCCAUCAGCUUUAUCUGUACACCUUGUUUUAGUACCAUUUAGUUACUGACGGCUUGUGUUAAUUGAAGAGAAUCUUAGAUUGUAAGUGAAAGGGGAAAAAAAA